CGUGUUUAAAAUUGGUGAUUUUAGAAUUUUUUAAUCUCAGAGGAACUUCAUUGUAGAAUAAGUAGAUAUUAUAACCUUAAUAAGCUGAUGACUGCAAACCCAAAAGAUCAUAAAAAGUUUUGAUCGUAAUAAAAUUCUAAACUUGCUUUUAAUUUAAAAUAAUAAAUGAUCGUGCAAAAAAAACAGGCUCAAAAAUUUGGUUUGACUUUUGUUGGAAGAUCGGUCCACAAAUUCGCAUUUAACGACCGAACGACUUAUUUGCAAGCCAACCUCCCGGAUAAUCGCUCACUAAGCCAGAAAAACGUUGCGUUUGUCACAUCCAAACAAUUUAAAUGUCAAAGGACCACAAUAAAAUAUAUCCCGAUCGAAAUCACGUUGCUCAGGUGUCCUCUUUCGACUUUAUUGCUUGCUGGAGAGCACCCAAACUCUUGUUUUUAUUUUACAGGAAACAGUCCAUAAUCUAAUGUAGCGUGACCGAAUAGAAAGCAAAAGUAGCACCCAACUACGUUGUCAACGGCCCCAACAAAAUGCAUUUCUAAUUGGACAACAAUGCUACUUUUGGGUGAAAAAAAUUGGGGAGAUUGUGUUCAUUAGGUCCAUCUCCUGAUCGGGACGAAUCAUUAGUGAUAAAUGAUUAUUACAGAGUCACUUUCACCUCACUGAGCUACCGUUCCACAUAAACUAAACUCGCUUAAAGGCUUUUUGUCGACUUUACAUUUCCUCCAAGUAGACCGUGAACCUACAUAAACCACUACUUUAGAAUAAACUUCUCAUUCUCGCCAUAGCUAGUCGCAGCGGCCGGUUUAUUAUGUGACACGACGUGAAAGUGAUAGUUUGCAGCGUUUUGGAAGUGCUCAAGAGAUUGAUGCAAUCGGGAGUGAGAUCCGCCAUUAGGGUGCCCGCCGCCAUGCUGGACUCCUAGGGUGCGAACACGCCAACUUGUGUCCCGGUUAAUAAUGAACUUGAAAUUAUCGUGACGCUUUCUAAAAUGAAGUUAAUUACCGUGGUAAUAAUCGGUGUGUUUACUGUAACUUCGGCCAUCCGCGUUCCGCCAUCAUGGCCGAAGAAGCAAAACCUACAACACGUGCAAAAAUUCAGGACAGUUCGACCGAGUGUUGGCAGUGAAAUUGGUUACCGGACGCGGCCACAUGUUACUCAAACACAACACCAUAAAACCAACAGUCGGAAGAAAUACCAGCCGAGGAUGCAGCGACAUCCUAACCUGGAAAGAAGCGCUCCGAAGACCGAAUUCAAGGCCAGCGCCUCGACCAACGACUGGAAACCGAUUUUCCCAGCGCAUUUGUUCCAACAGGAACUGAAGAACUUCAAAGAACCCUUCAUCCGGGAAACAGAACAUGGGAAAAAAUCACCACUUUAUAAGAACUAUCGAGACGAUAAAACACACGAGCCGAGCUAUGGCACACAAAGUGUAAAAGAACGACACAUACACAGGGAAACACCAAAAAACGAGUAUGACGUGGUUCCGGACGUCCCAACACGGCCGAUUUAUCCGGGAGAAGGACAGUGGGCCAAAAAAGGGAUCAAACACCGGCCCUUUAUCAGCAAACACCGAUUUGCAAAACUUGAAGAUGACUCCGAAGACGAAAGACCAGAGGGUUAUGAAGUUUUCGAGCAAAAUAAAAAACUGUUUGAUAGGCAAAAAGCCCAGUUUAGGGACACCAUUGACCAGUUCCCACGAAAUCACAAGCUAGGGGCCUACAGGCAACCACCAGAAGAGGAAGAUAAAGAAGCGGAGGAUGAAGAGGAAGAAGAAACGGAGGAUUACGAUGAAGAAGAAGAAGAAGAACAAGACCGAGGAUUUGUUCCAAUGAAACUAUACACACAAGUCCGACGGAGCGAAUCCGCGGAACACCUCCCGAGACUCGUCGAAGACCCCCGAUUGCGAGAAGUGAUCAAGGAUUCAAAAAUCCAAACUGUCUACACCGAAGAAGGGUACGAAGAUAUCGCCUACGACCACGCCGGUCAUGAGAAAACGGCCGAACAAGACGAAGGUUUCGCCGAAUUUGAUAAAGAGAUAGAAAAAGAAAAACAACGUCGGAAGGAUAAGGAGGAAUCGGGAGAUAGCGAAACUGCCGGCUCGCAACACAAAACCGUCAACAAACCGGUCAAAAUGAAGAAAGACAACUUUAUGAAGACUGAACAAAUCCAAACGGCGUCGCUCAAAGACCAAGCCGGAGGCAACACCGAACUGGAGAUUUUAAGCGAGAUUAAGGUCUUGGCAAGCCCCGAAAAUGGCACCAAGACGCACAAGUACGUCAAAAUUGUGCCCAAAAUGUACAAAUAUGAUAGAAUAAACGACACAAGGCCUGAAAUGGUGUCUAUGGAGAGUGUAGUGAGGGAACACUUCCGGCGGAGAUUCAAACGCUACACUAAUGACUACCCCAAAAUUGAGGUCGAUACCGCCUUUAUCGAUAAGAUCAAGCACGACAUACCCAAACCAUUGAUAGUUAGGGUGAAACCAAAAUACCCCUAUUAUAACAACAAGGCAAUAAAUCCCGACUCCCCUCUUCGUUACGCGGAGGAUCUUGACAACAUUCCGAAGAAAACUGAGGACGAAUUCGCGUUCUACAACCAAGCUGAUAAGAUCCAAUGUGAGGAAGUGCAAAGUAACGUAGACCCGAUCCCUGCAAGGGUCAAAAACACCAACGAUGAUCCUGACAAUGCUGACGAAACAUCAGGCGUGCAAGAAUUGCCACAAACCCCAAGAUUAAGAAAUCUCGGCGAUAAAAUCGACUGUUUCAAGGUGAAAUAUUUCGGCGAAAACCCCCUUGAUAGCCCCUUUUUCAAGGAGAAGGACAUCGGACCCGUGGUUCCACUUUUCAACAUAUUCAGCAAAGUGACGAGCAUUGACGUGAAACCUAACGAAAUUCCGGUCGAAGAAAAACGUAGCUAUUCGUCGAAAAUUUCGGUGCGCAAAGAACUGACACAAGACGACAACCAUUUAGGGGUAAAUAUCUUGAGCGAUGUUAUUGGACAGUUUGAAAAAGUUACGACGCCGAAACCCGAAAUGGAAAACCAGACUGAAGCAGCGACAAUUUCCAUCAUCACGACUCCGAAAUACACAAUUGACUUGAAACCCAAACACAUCUAUCACCAAAUCGAACUGUUGGACCAUCUGCCGUACCAGGAAAAAAUUGAUACUGGCGUUACUUCAACCGUAUUUCCCUUGAACCACCGUCAGAGUAAAAGCAUAGAGGAAGUGAGUGGGGUUAGCGACGGUACUGUUAACACGAGUGAGGAAACGGCCCCGGAGAGUCAAGCCUUGAGGAAGCGGCGGCGGCGGUUGAAGCCUCGCCCAAGCCUCCAAAGGCGCAAAAGGCCCUAUCACCACGUUUUUGACAUCAAUAGAUUCAUUCCGACGCAUACGUACAAUCAUCUGAACCGAAUCAUCCGGACUAGUACUGUGGUACCCAAGCGAAGCGUCAAGAGUGAAGUGCAUUACAAAAACGAGAUCAAACCAGACGAGCAACUGAAUGUUUUUGCCGACGUUAUCAAUAAUAUCAAAAACUCGAGCCGAGACCCGCAACAAAUCGCCGCGUCGUCGUCAAGUCGAAUCGGAGUCAAGCUGAACGUUGUGGAAAAUUACCAAAAAAUUACCGACGAAAAUGAGGACAGUGACGGUUUUUAUUCAAGCACAACCACGGUGGCACCAAGAGGGACCAUCAAAUACUCGUCGUACAGACACAAAGACGAGCUAGCGGACCAAUACGAAAAUCUUGAACUCUUGAAAGUGAACAGGAAAUUGACAACCACGACCACGUCGGAGCCGUUCUUUGGCAACACGAGGAUUGCGACUGAAGAGGAAGAUGAGUCGGAAGACAGCACUGAUAAAGUCGUCGGUUUGAUGCCGCCAGACCCCAGUCGCUACAAAACGAUUUUCAGCCCAAGGGUGGUUGAGGAGGUGAAAAUGAACACGUUUCUUGUCGUGGGAAUGAAACCACCGUCACCCAAACAGAAAGUUUACGUAUAUUCUGAUUUUAAAGCACGCCCUCACGGGAAAAGGAAGCACAGUUACUUGAGGAGGGGCAAGAGAAGUGCGCAAAGACCCGCGUAUUCGGAAGUUGUGAGAAAUCGGAACAAACCGAUUGAUGUUGAGGACGAUACAGAAGUCAAAGUUGAGGAAGACGAUGAUUACGUCCCCCAUCGUCCUAAGCACUAUCACUACGAUGAAAAAACCGGACGCAUUGUUUACGAUAAAGUUGCGACAGAAGCACCAGAGGAGGAAUAUAUCGAGGUUACAGAAGCCCCUCUUCCCAAACCUACCAGACGUAAUUCAGUCACGACACCAAAGUUUGAGGAAUACACAGGUCCUUCGUUUGUCGACUUUGUGAAAAAGUUGAAAAGUGACCCGAAGUAUCAGGAAAUCACCGAUCCUCCGACUACUGAAAAAAGGGCAGAGGAUGCAACAACACCGACCACAACGGCGAAAGCCGUUUCGACAGAUCCGCCAGAAUUUUUGAGCAUUUUAGCCAAAGUUAGAAGCGAUUCCGGUUACAAACCCAUCGAAGAUGAGAAAGCAAAAGCUAAGACAACCACGACUGAAGCACCGGAAGAAGAGGAACAGGAAAGUCAAAUAGAGAACGUCCAGAAUUCACCAGGGGGCCAAAUCAGUGGUUCCAACUACCAGAUUUUCGACAUAACUGAGUAUUUGCCGAAAGUGAAAACGUACAGUCCGCGAACUUCGAUUGACUAUUCGAAGUACAAGACAAUUGAACGGGCUAAUCCUCCAACUCGGAAUAAUCCUGACCAAGACCCGGAAAAACAGACAAGUCAAGUACCAAUUAUGGAAGAUAGAAAGUCGGAGGAAGAAGCUGAAAUUAAUCCUGUGAUGAGUGAAAGUAAACACGAAGAUGUGGAGCCUAAAACCACGACUGAAGUUUCUUUAAGUACUACAACCACCAGAAAAGUCGUCCGAACGCGGACUCGAGGGAGCAGGAGGCCGGCUCAAAGGGCCACCACCCAAGUUCCUGUCAGUACUACCAUAACGGAACCACCUCAAGUACACCACGAUAAACCACGAAGGACUUUCCCCAGAAGGCAGCGCACGAGGAUACGAGUCCCUAAACCUACAACGGAAACGGAAACACAGGAAACCGUCACCGUUAAAGUCAUCCGUCGAAGACACCAAUCCCCACCCGAAACUUCAAACAAGACAGUAGUUUCCAGAAAAAUAGACAACGUUGAAGUGUUCCAAGAAUACGACAAAACGCAUAAACACGGUGGCAACUACCGGCGCGAAAAUGACGGAAGCGAGACGAAAAAAACACAUAAUGUUAGAAGACUGACUGAUAUUGUUCAAAAACCUGCAGCCUUUUACACUGACCCUAAGCUACCGAAAAAAGUCAACCAGUUGAUGGAGGUGAAGAUUGACGACGCUGAGGUUGCGGAAGAAGGGGAAGAAAAUAGAAAUGAAGACGGCGGAGAUUAUGACUUUGAAGGGUCCGAGGAGAAGACGACGACGACGAAGAAGCCGUUUUUUGUAAAAGAUCCCAGCAAAAGAUUGUAUUAUUAUGCUCCUAUUUAAUUUAAUAUGAAAAUACAAACUGUUGUAGAUAGUUAAUAAAUAUUGUUGUUAUUUAA